AUGGCCGAUCCGUCGUUCGACUUUGCACAAACCGCAUACCCCUCCUUGUUGAAGACAUACCAGUUGAAACAUGAGGAAGUGAAUCACGCUGCUGGAGAAUUUGUUCGCUUGAAGCGAAGAGGACCAAAACCAGCUUUGAGUGUGCACACAGGUGGUAUCGAUUGCACGUGGAAGAAAAUCAGAGAUAAGCUUCCACCGGGCAUUCAUACCAGAAAGAAAGGCAAGAUCAACAAAGAUCAGCAAAGCACAGCAGGGACUGCCCUGGGUCUGGCAGGGAAGGAGCCAGGAGAUGAGUUUCAUGUGGCCCUUCCACCACCUCCGCAGUCUGGGCCCGCGUGCUUUCUGCUGACGGUGCCGGAGGACAAAAAAGGAGGCGAUGAGCUGUUUUUUGAUGCCAAUGGCCAACACAUGAGGGCGAUCAUCCCUGAAGGCAGACAGCCGGGAGACACUUUUGAGGUGCACUUGGGCCCUAGCCAGUUGCUAGUCACAGUGCCUGAGGGCAGAAAAGCUGGCGAGGAGAUUGAGAUUCAGGGCCCUGGUGGCUUGAUGAAGGCCGUGGUGCCCAAGGGCAUCAAGGCCAGCGAGCGCUUCGCCGUCAGUCUGGUCAACGAUCCUGCACUUCAUUCAGGGCUUCCAGCCCUUUGUACUGCUUGCUCUCAUGGUGACUUAGAGGAAGCCCAAAAGCUGGUGGCAGCCUCCAACUUGAGCGUCAACGGCUGCUGGGCUGCAGGAAGGCGACCAGCGGUGCUUUUGAAGUUGCCAAAUGGCUGGUGGAGGAGCUCCGGAUCCAAAGGAUCCAGCUAA